UUCCUCCAAUUCGAUGACGAGAGCUUUGCUCUGCAGCUUCAACUCGAAGAGAUCGAAGCUCAGCGUGAGCUUCAAUCCGGCAAAUGGACUGAAGAUAGUCCUCCGGACUUUGCAUUAGCAUUCGAUACCUUCGAGACCGAGUUGAAGAAGGCGCUUCUUCUUGUCGAGGACCCGAAGUUCGCUUACAGCAUUUGCUAAAGCUGUUGCUUCUGAUGCUGUGGCCAUUGAAGAAUCAAGAGUCGAGGAGACACAGUCGGGUCAAGAUCGAGACUUCGCGCUAAGCUUGAAUGUAGAUGAAAAUCUGCCAUCCCAGGAUGUCACCAAUUUGCCGGCGAUGUCUCGCCUCGGGGCGGAGUCAGUUGACUGGGAUCAUGUCCUGCGAGCUACAGAAGCUUCGACUUUCAGCGACAAGUCCUGUAGCACCGUUGCGGGCCCUUCGACCCAUUAUACUCUCCGCCAGAAGGCUGUCCUUGAGCACUUGCCCCAACUCAAAGUUGAAUGCAGUGUCUGUGGAGAGUCUGUUCAUCCUCAUUUCACUGUGCGUUUGGUAUGCAGUGAUGUAUUUUGCAAGUCGUGCAUCAAGUCCUUCUUCCAUCAGCCACGACAGCUCAGAUCAACAAACUUUCUGGCUGGCCCUGCAAAUCGAUGCAUCAUCGAGUUUACCGAUCACAAUCGCAUGACCUUCUUCGCAACAAGUUGGCGGAAAUCACUGGGCGAGACAAAACGAGGCGGUUCGCAAUACUGUGAUGAUAAAAGCAAUCCUUAGCCCGUAUCUACUGAAAUUUACUACGUGGCAUUAAUCCCCUUCUAUCGGAAGUAGCCGAUUUAUGGGUUGCAUGAAUGGCUCGGCUCGAGGUGAUGCUGCCAAGUCUGGCACACCCCGCUGUCAAAAACAUAAAAGCGUUCGCCAGCUUCUUACCCUUGAACCCU